GGCAAAAAUCUUAUAUUGAUAAUGAAGCUUCAUUGGCGGUGGGUAGGUAUUGUAACAAGUACCGUAGGUGAAGUCCAAGAUCAACCAAUGCUAUAAAUACCAAAGGAAAAUGAAAAAGAAGAGGUCCUAACCUCUAAAGACCGAACUGGCCAACCUCUUUGCCUGUUCUUAGAGAACCAAAACUCCUAAACGUUUUCAUCAAAUACGAAAAAAAUUUGUCCUAAACCUAGUUCCUCCGCGUUGGGAAACAUAUAUUUAUAAACCAAGCAACCGAACAAGCCAACCCUUUUGUCAUCGGCGCCAAUAAGGCUUUUUGUCUUUCUCCUGCAACAUCUCCAAGGACAGAGAACUCUGCAGGAGAAGCAUACAGAGACAAAAAGAAAAGAUGGGUUUUGGAAAGGGAACGUCAUUGUUGGAAGAUUUGAUAGACAAAGCUGGAGGUUGUGCUGUGAUCGAUGGAGGUUUUGCUACUCAGCUUGAGGCUCAUGGUGCUUCCAUCAAUAACCCACUUUGGAGCGCUCUUUGCUUGAUUAAAGACCCUGAUCUAAUCAAACAGGUUCAUCUGGAGUACCUUGAGGCUGGUGCAGAUGUCUUGGUUACUUCAUCAUACCAGGCCACCAUUCCCGGAUUCCUGUCCUGGGGACUGUCCCUUGAAGAAGCAGAGUCAUUGCUAGAAAAGAGUGUCAAAUUGGCUGUGGAAGCCCGCGACAAGUUCUGGGAUGCUGUAGGGAGUGUUCCUGGGAAUAGCUACAACCGAGCUUUGGUUGCAGCCUCAAUUGGAAGUUAUGGAGCUUAUCUGGCUGAUGGUUCAGAAUACAGUGGAUGCUAUGGACCAGAAGUGAAUCUGGAUAAGCUGAAAGAUUUUCACCGGCAAAGAUUGCAAGUUCUUGUCAAAGCAGGUCCAGAUUUGCUAGCCUUUGAGACCAUUCCCAAUAAACUUGAAGCUCAGGCAUGUGUUGAGUUGCUUGAGGAAGAAAACAUUCAAAUUCCAUCAUGGAUCUGCUUCAGUUCUGUAGAUGGUGAGAAUGCCCCGUCAGGAGAGAGUUUUAAGGAGUGCUUGGAUAUAUUGAACAAGAGCAUGAAAGUAAAUGCAGUGGGAAUAAAUUGUGCACCUCCCCAUUUUAUUGAAAGCCUUGUAUGCAAAUUUAAGGAGAUGACAUCGAAGGCAAUUGUCGUUUAUCCAAAUAGCGGAGAGAUAUGGGAUGGUCAGGCUAAGAAAUGGCUGCCAUCAAAGUGCUUUGGUGACGACAAAUUUGAGUUGUUCGCAGCAAGAUGGCGUGACUUAGGAGCUAAACUAAUUGGGGGUUGUUGUCGGACAACACCAGCCACAGUUGGAGCCAUUUCGAAGGCUCUGAAAGAGAGGUCUUAAUAAGUGAAGAUAGGUCACAGGAACUCAUAGUUUUACCAGUAGCUGCAGUUUACAUAUUCUGCUACCACUCGUAAUUUAAAUUUGUUGCUGCAAUAUUAGUUCUUUUAAAAGUUUUCUCCAGUAUUCUUCCAUUUUUAUUGUACUAAUAGAUGCGGAGCUAUAUUCA